AUGUCAAGUCAUCAGCCGUUAGGAGCCAACAGGAAAAAAGAGCCUAAAACCCCACCGUCAUUUUAUAUGGAAGAAAACUAUAUGGACGAAGCUGAAGAGCGGGCGAUAAUGAAACCUGCUGCAAAAACAUCGCAAAAUAGGCCUCAAAGCGCUAAACCAAAUAAUGCAAAAAUUUCAAAAAGCCCUAAUAAGCCUAUAAAAAGACCUUCCUCAGCUAAAAAACAGCCGCCAAAGGCAAGAACUCCUGUCAAGCCGAAUCAUGAUGCUGAUAUUGUGGUUCCAGCUAAGCAAAAGCUUGGACGAACUUCAAUGGACAAGGAAAAAAUAUAUGAAGAAAACAUAGCCUUAAAGCUACAGCUAAAUAUGUCUAAUGAAGAACUGAUUAAAUACAAAACAAAAAUUUCUCAAUUAGAAAAAGAAAUAAAACAAAAAAGAGAGUAUUUUGCUGAAGAACUUAAAAAUGCUGACAAAUACACUCCAAACAACCUUAAAUAUGCUAACCUUGUCUCUAAUUUAAGACAAUCAGUAAAAGACCAUAAGAAGGAGCUCGCCAAAAAAGACAAUGAAAUUUCAUCUCUCAAGAAAAGUAUAAAAAACACCAAAGGCUCUGAAUUGGAAAUUGAAAUCCAAGCGUAUAUUGAUGAAUGCACAAGAUUAAGACAUCAUCUAGAAGAGCUAAUAAGAGAAAGAGAACUCCCUCAGGGUACUUCUGAUGACCAUCAUGCAAUUGUAAAGAACUUGAAAAAGGAAAACAAAGAUUUGAAUUUAUUGAUGGGACAAAUCAAAACUGAAGCAUUACAUUGAAAGGAAAGAGCAGAAAAGCUAGAAAAACUUAAGAAAAAGAGCAUUAGCAGCAAGGAUGAUCCUGAAGCCCUUCUCGCUGAAAUUAGUCAUUUAAAAUCGCAGCUUGAAAAUUCAGGACAGGCCUCGUCAAAGAAAGAUGGGGAGCUUAAAAAAUCUUUAGAGCAAUUACAAAAGGAACUUAAUGAUGCCAAAAAUAAACUAGUUAAUGCUGAAAAAACCAUUAAAGAGCAAAAUAAAACUAUUGAGAAAUUUCAAGGGGAACAAAAAAAGAACCAAGGUUUGCCACUUUCAAAUAAUCUACUGGACAACCCAAAUAAGCUUCUGGCUACACUCAACCGAAUUAUAAAAAAAAAGAGAAUUGAUAUUGAUACAUUAUUAUCCCAGCUUGAUAGGAAUAAAAAAGGAUCACUUGAGCUUGAUGAAAUUGUAAAAGGCUGCAAAGUAAAUGGAGAAGAAAUAAGUGGCACUCAUGUAAAAGAAGCGAUUUUGGAAUUUACAGGCAUACCUAUUGCUAGCAUUUCUUUGCAUCAAUUAAGAAUCCAGUAUGAAAGAUAUAACUACAGAGGUGAGGACGAUCCUAUUUCUAGUGAAGAUGAAGUAAAUUUCAUUGAAGAAGUAAAAAUAACUAAAGAGGCUUUUGCUUUGCCUUCGAAAGAAGUUAAGCAAGCUUCUUCUCCACCAAUAAAAGAAGCUAAGCAGGCUCCGACUCCUCCACCUAAAGAUCUAGCUAAGCCAAAACAAGAAAUUUCUCCGUUAAAAACGGCUGACAAAAAGUCAUCUGAAAACCAAAUUUCAACAGUCAAAUUGGAUCAAGUCACCAACAUAUUAAGGCAUAUUUCAUUUCGAAUGCAACUUCACCGUUUACCAAAGGACAAGCUUUCUUCAGCUUUAUUUGAUGAAAAGCAAAAAAAUGAUAAGCCUAUCACAUACCAAGAACUAGCUUUAAUAUUUAGCAAAAAACCAUUUGGCAUUGAAGAGAAAUCUGAAGCCAUUUUAUUAGCAAAGUUUUUAGUCGAGCCUGAAGGCACAGAGAAUAUCACUGAAAGUCAAUAUAAACAGCUAAAAAGCACUCCAAAACAGAUUGCUGCUAAAUUUUCAAAAGUGUUAGAAGACUGGGAACUAUUUUCAUUAGAAGAUGAAGAAGAAUUUGAUAAAGAAAUUGCUAUUCUUAUAGGAAGCACCUAUGAUCAUUUAUAUGAGUCGUGCAAAAAAUACGACAAAAAUCGAAGCGGGGUAAUAAACAGCAGUGAGUUUAAUAGUGCACUUAAGGAGCUUGGCAUUGAUAUCCCUACAGGAGUUUACAAUUAUAUGCAGCUACUAUUUUAUUCUCAUAAUAAUCAGUUAGAUUCAGUUCCAUACGAGCAAUUUUUAAAUGCUUAUAUAGAUCAAGGCGAAGAAGGUGAACACUCAGACUACUCUGAAGAAGAACAGGCUAAAAUUGUUAGACAUUAUCUUACAAUGAUAGCACAAAAUUUAAGCAAAAUGAAGAAAACGACUAGAUCUGUGUUUCGACCAGAUAAAAAAGGCAGAAUUGUGCCAGAUCAGUUAUUAUAAUAAAUGGCUGUGAGGAAUAAGUUCUCUCCGAGAACUAUGCCUCCUCUGAAAAUUUUAUUAUUAAGGGGUUCGAUUUUCUAGGCGAACUUUUAUGCAUAAUGUCAAUAUACUUCGCAAACAGCUAUGGCUCAAUUUUAACUCCCCUCCACACCCCUGGCGAUUUUAUUUUAAAUAAAACAGGAAAAAGAAAAUGGCAAGCUCAUCAUUUUAUAUUUGAAGAGUCAAAUUGAUUUUUCAUGUUUCAUCUAAACUGGAAUUGCCAGGAGGUGAGGAGAAGUAUAACCGUGCUUGUACUAUAUGGAUUACCGCAUAAGGUAUUUCAGCUGUCUAAGGGGAAAUGAGAUAUAUAGUUUUUACCGCUUAGCAUAUCCAAGGAGAGUGCUCUUAGGUGGAUCACGAGCUGGAGUCGAGCUAGGGAGAGAGGACUACAAGACCAGUGAAGACCUUCUGCCCUUUUGGUGGAGACCUCUAGAAUACUUGCUUGAUAAGAUGAUUUUUAAUGCCAUAAGUUGUGAGGUCUGAUAUAACUUGCUAAUAAAUAGAGUAUCACAUUAAAAUCUGAAUUAUUAAGUUAAGUACCAGAUCAGUUUUGUUUCUGCUUUAAAAGAAUUGGGAAUGGGCAACAUUGAGAAAGAGCAUCUAAUUUUAAUGAUCGAAGCCCUACAGUUUGAUGAGGAUACUGAAGAUGUGCACAUUAACAUCGACGAAUUAGAAGAAAUUUUAAGCCAUUAUGGAGUCAAAAUUGAAAAAAUCUCGAAUUUGCCUGACUCAAAACUUGGAGAACUACUUGAAAACCCAUCAGGUCGCCAACCAAAGCAGCUUUCAUUGCUAGAUGAAUUCGAAGAAAAAAAGCAAGAACCGAAAAGAGACCCGACGCCUCCUACUAAAGAAGUAAAAGAGCCUGAAAAAGUGGCUUCAACGAAUCCUAAGCAAGAACCCUCACCUCAAAAAGCAGCUGAAAAAAAGCCAUCUGAAGCCCAAAUUUCGAUUGUAAAAUUAAGUCAAGUUUCCAACACGUUAAAGCAUAUUUCAUUUCGAAUGCAACUUAAUCGUCUGCCAAAAGAAAAACUUUCUUCUGCAUUAUUUGAUGAUAAACAGAAGAAUGAUAAACCUAUCACUUAUCAAGAAUUAGCUUUACUAUUUAAAAAAGAGCCUUUCAGCAUAGAAGAGAAAUCAGAAUCUAUUUUGCUAGCCAAGUUUUUAACAGAACCUGAAGGCACAGAAAAUAUACCUGAAAGCCAAUACAAGCAGCUUAAAAGUACACCCAAGCAAAUUGUUGCAAAAUUCUUAAAAUUUUUAGAUAAUUGGGAACUAUUUUCCCCAGAGGAUGAGGAAGAAUUUGAUAGGGAAAUUGCUAUGCUUGUUGGAAGCGCUUACCCUAUCUACUAUUUAGCGAAAAGAAACUUGCUAACUAAGAGGGAUUAAUUUUUAUUUUAAAUGUUUUUUUGGGGUUUUAAGAAUUAAAUAAAAAUCUAAUUUUAUUCAAAAAAUUUCAGCUUUAGAACUCUCUACCUGUCUAAAAUUUAUCAUAACUUGCUUGAGAUUUCAUUAUUAAAAUUAUUAAUUAUAUUUUAAAAUAUAGGCUGCACCUUAAAAAGUACCUAAUUUUCUAAAAGUACAGUUUUUCUCAUGAUUUUGCUCACUUGAAAAGGAAAAGUUAUGAGCAUUUAUUCGAAUUUUGCAAAAAAUUCGAUAAAACUAAAACCGGGGUUAUAAAAAUGACUGAAUUUAAAAACGCAUUAAAAGAACUCGGCGCAGAAAUCCCUAAAGAAGUUUUCAGCUAUAUGCAAUUAUUGUUUUAUUCUCAUAAUAAUCAGCUCGAUUCAGUUCCAUACGAGCAAUUUCUCAAUGCUUAUAUCGAUAGAGGUGAAGAAGGCGAGCAUUCAGAAUUAUCUGAAGAAGAACAAGCCAAAAUUGUCAGACAUUAUUUAUCAAUGAUUGCCCAAAAUUUGAAUAAACUUAAAAAAAGUGUGAGAACUGUAUUUCUUGCAGAUAAAAAAGGUAGAGUUUCUCCUGACCAGUUUGUAUCAGCCUUAAAGUACCUUGGCAUGAGCAAUAUAGAGAAAGAUCAUUUAAUCUUGAUGAUUGAAGCUCUUCAAUUUGAUGAAGAUGAAGGCGAUGUGCAUAUUAAUAUUGAUGAAUUAGAAGAAAUUUUAAGCCAUUAUGGAGUAAAAGCAGAAGAAACCCCAAUGCUGCCUGAUUCUGAAGAUCUGCAAUUCGCAGAACUCCUAGGAAACUCCUCAGGAGGUCACGUAAAACAAAUUUCGCUAUUGGAUGAAUUGGAAGACAGUGAAGAAGAAAAAUUUGGUAAGCCAAAGCCAGCGAAAAAAGAAGAAAAAAAGAAAAAUAAAGAAGAUUUAGGACACUUUGUGAAAGGCUCACAUGAGUAUAUAGAGGAUUAUGAAGACAGCUCUGGAAGAAACAGUGUAGAAUUUAUGGGAUCUGAGUCUGGAGAAGGAGAAUUAGAAGAAAGGAUAAGGGUUGUAGACUUUUAUGAAGAUUUCAGAGAUAUGGAUCAUUCACCUUCAGCUGUAAGUAUAUAA